AUGUUUCCCUCCGACUUCAGGGCGCCGUCGCCCUACCGUGGGCCUCCAAGCAAAGAGCUAGACGAGGCUUGGGAUCUGAUUUCCGACCAGGACUUAUACUUGAUGCGAAUGGACCGAGAAGACCUUCGUCGGAUCAACAAGUCUGAGGUUAUGGACACAGCCUGGGGCUACAGUUACGACCAGGACCCAAACGGUGUCAAAUACAUAUUCGAGGUUUUCCAUCAACUUCACUGUUUGAACAUCUUUCGAAAGUACACUUGGCCUGAUCAUUACGAACUCGCCCCUCCUGGUCACGAGGAUGAUGCUGCAUGGAGGCAUGUUUACUACCGGGAGCACAUAGAUCACUGCAUAGAAUCUUUCAGGAUGUCCAUCAUGUGCAGGGCGGAUGUGACGCCCUUGACGGGCAACAUCAGGCCUGGCAAUGAUCAUGUUAUUCCGGAUCCGAACGACCCAAGCACACUCCCGGAGCCUGACUUCAUGACGCAGCAUACGUGUCGGGACUUUGAGAAGAUUCGUCAGUUUGCCUCGGAAAGGAGAGUUCCAAGAUUUGAUCAACCGCCCGGCAGCACUUAG